UAGGGGAAGAGUUAACUAGUAGCAUUGCGUGAAAGAUAUAAAAAGUUUCCGCGUGGCAGAAUUCGCCCCGUUUGGCUGAAGCCACCUCAUCCAUUCACAAGAAUUUCUGGGAGAGGCAGUGAAGAUCCACCAACACGCCACCAUGACCCACCAGUAUCCAGCACUCUCUCCGGAGCAGAAAAAGGCACUCUCUGACACAGCUCAGCGGAUCGUUGCUACUGGCAAAGGGAUCUUAGCUGCAGAUGAAUCUGUAGGGACAAUGGGCAACAGGCUGCAACGCAUCAACGUGGAGAAUACAGAAGAAAAUCGCCGUCAGUUCCGUGAUAUUCUCUUCUCUUCCGACCCAACCAUCAAUCAACAGAUUGGGGGAGUUAUUUUCUUCCAUGAGACCCUCUAUCAGAAGGACAACACUGGAAAACUCUUCCCAACUGUCAUCAAGGACAAGGGCAUAGUGGUUGGAAUCAAG